AUGGCCCGUCUACCUACAGCAAAAGAACUUGACCUCUUCGACAUGGAUGUCCCCGAGGUCAUGGCCGUUUCCUGCAUGCCGCCGGCUCAGGAGCACAUGGAAGAUCCUUUCUGGUAUGAUACCGGUGGGAGAAAUCCAUUCCAUCGCAAACGUGUACACAAGAUGUUAGCUGGUGAGGACCGCAAGACCAAGCUCAGCGAGAUAGUCGAGGAGUUCCCUCGAUAUGGACCCAAAAUGUAUGAGUGGGCAGUCGAACAGAAUGAUCCCAGUCUGCUCAAAGAACUGUUCCAACUGAAUGUAUCUAUGGAAAUCAAGGAUGCGAAGCAAAAGAACACCGAUAAGGACGAGGACGAUAUGGAUGUGGCUGAGGAUGACCACUUUUACCCUCAGGUCGACAUGCAGCCUGAUUUGCAGAUUGCGGCGUUCGAUGGCAAACUAGAAUGCGUUAAAGUAUUCAUCGAGUUUGGUCAUGCAGACAUCAAUGCUAAAGACGACAAAGAUACGACGCCCCUCACGAAUGCCCUCGUAUCCGGUCAUGAAGAAGUGGUCGAUUGGCUUCUGGAACAUGGCGCUGAUAUCACAUCCGAAGCAGAGAAGCUUAAUGAUAUACAAGCCGCGCUUCGAUCCGGAAGAAUCGCCUUGGUGAACAAGGUGCUCGAGCACCCACAAUCUUUGGAACGAAAGUUGCGUAUCAAGACCUCUCACUUGUUCUAUGCUGCGACAGCGGGGGAGGACUCGCGAGAAGUAGUCCAGUUCGUGCUUCAGAGUGACUGCUUUGGCUCACCAGUCACUCGAUGCCAUAAAGACGCGAUCAUGCAAAGCCUAAGUGCUGCUGUGUCACUUGCAUCAAUUGAGUCUGUACGGCUCAUGCUUCCAUUCUUGACGGAGCAGAAAGAUGACGGUUCUUUUGAAUACGUCGAGUUGCCUGAAGAGAAUCAAAUCGCCAUUUUUAUCGCAUCGGAGGAUGCUAUGGAGAAGCGGGAUAUUCCGGAACUGUUCCAACUCAUCUGGGAGACCUUCCUGUGCGGUCCGAACGAACAUCAAGGCACCCACAACCAACCAGUCGUCACCAAGGAGGACAGAUUGCAUCGACGUCUCAUCUCGGCUUGUGCAGAAGGCUGUGUAGAAACGUGCAGGCUCCUCGUUGACCAGUACGGUGCGGGCGUAAACCACGUAAGCUACAAAAUUUUCAGCACGCCAUUAGGACGAGCUGCUGGAUCGCCCGCCAAUUCUCUCGAGAGGCGAUUGCCUGUAGCAAGAUAUCUUCUUGAGGAGAAACAUGCGAACAUUCAUUUAGCCAAUGGAGAAUUUGCAAACGGUGCUACCCCCCUUGCAUUAGUGCUCAAGUGUGGAGGGCGAGAGGAUCAGGAGGAGAUGAUCAAGCUGCUGCUGAAAAAUGGUGGACCUUUAGAGGAGAUUGGUGGUGAUGUGUUGAGAACAAUUGAAGAGGCCGAAGCCGAAGCGAAAGUAAAGCUUUGUCUUUUGUUGCAUGAGGGGCCUAGAGAUCCCGUAAAGCUCGUGACUUGCGAUAGUGCAGGAAGUCGGCAAGUACAAGUCGGAGUGGAUGCCACCAAGGAAGAGUGGGAGUCAUGGCUUGGAUCCAUACAGAUCAGAAAGUCCGACGAGGUUCUUGCUGUGGAAGAUCCGAAAGGGCGUCCAUUAGCACGAGAUAAUAGCUAA